AUGUCUGCCCUCUCCAAUGGCGUCGAUACCACUGCUUCGUCGUCGAAGAUGCCCUCCACAGCUCCAACAAGUACAGCAGCUAAAGGCGCCAUCAGCAAUAAUAUCACCACCACCAUCCCCUCCUCGUCGAAUCCCUCUCUAAACAGCGCGAAUGCUACGACCAAAUCCCACGAUAAGACAACAGCACCGCUCUCCCUUCGAUUGCCACUAAGGAGCAUCACCAGCCCCCAAAAUGGCAGCAACCACAACAAUCCGACCACAGCAGCAGCAGACCCGGUCCUCGCGGCCUUGCGCACUGCCUCGUCCUCGUCCGACAUCCGCGCCGCGCUCGCCGCCCUGCACGUCCGUGAAUCGUCCCUGACGAGCCGCUUAUCCUCCGUCCUCGCCUCGCACCAGGACCUCGCCCGCUCGCUCUCUCGCCUUGACAAUUUGCGCGCCGGCCUUGGCUCCCAGGUCAUCGCCGCCCGCAGCGUCAGCAACAACAUGCUGGCCGGCGCCGCCGACACGGCCAGCCACCUGUCCAGCCGCGUGCGCCAGCUCGACCUCGAGAAGCAGCGCGUCGAGGAUACCCUGCGCGUGGUCGAGCUGGUGGCUGAGUUGAAGGCAUGCGUGGCCGGAGUGGUCGGCAGCAUGGGCGCACCGCAGGACUGGGAGGCUGCGGCGGGGUAUAUUGCAAGGGCCGCGAGGGUGCCAGAGGAGAUUGUGAGAUCAGGGUUCGCGGCUGCGGUGGUGCCGACUGUUGAGGUGCCUGAUGCCCCUUGGGUGACGUUGGAGAACGCAAGGGAGAGCUUGUGCGUGUUGUUCUUGAGGGAGUUUUGGAAGGCGGCGAAGGAGGAUGAUCCGGCCAAGAUUACGCGGUUCUUCAAGCUGUUUCCGUUAAUUGGACGGGGUGAUGUCGGGUUGGAUGCGUAUGGGCAGUAUGUCUGCCAGGGCGUGGCGAAUAGGGCGAGGGCGAUUUUGAAGGAUGGUGUUGGGGCGGUGGGAGGAGCGGCUAAUGCUAAUGCCCCGCCGACGCUCCGGCCGAAGAAGGACGGUAUCUUCUAUGCCAAUGCAUUGAACCUGCUGUUUGGACAUAUUACACAGAUCGUCGAUGGCCAUGGCGGGCUGGUGGAGAGGCACUAUGGCGGGGGCAAGAUGAUCAAGGUUAUUGAGCGGUUGCAGGGCGAGGCAGAUGUGCAGGGCGGCAUCAUCGUGGACUCUUGGAGUGAUGAACGCGGUGUUGACCGAGCAUUGACGGAUGCGAAGAGUUAUCCAUUCUCGUUCCUUGUGCAAAGCUUCCUACCCCAGAACCGUGGGUUUGGAGCUCCACCACGUCUGAACUCGCCUGCUCCCGGCACCGAUGGUCGCAACAGCGAAGAUGAGGGUGUCAACAUGAGGGAGGUGGAUGCUCUACUCAGUGAGAUUGCCAUCAUGUUGAGCAGGUGGUCUGCCUACUCCCAUCUCCUUGCUCAGAAGUGCACGAAAGCGUUCCAGUUGGACGAGUGGCCAACCGGGUUGUCCUUGAGGAUGAGCAAACCUAUCGACAGCAGUCCACCAUUCAUCAUCUCGGCAGUUGAAGAUGUCAUGUACAUCGCGAACACCGUGAUCAUCAGAUCUAUCUCCACGUCUCAAAGAGGCGUUAUCGAUUCUGUCCUCCCUACAAUAUCUAGCUUAUUGGGCUCGGACUUUGUCGGUAUGAUUCAACGCAAGAUGCGCGACGAGUGCUACCCCAAGCCUGUGAUUCAAGGCGGGUUCCCACCAGAAGACAAAAUCAUCCAGUUCAUCGUACUCAUCAACAGUCUCGACAUGGCCGAGGAAUAUCUCUCCCGCAUCAUCACUGGUAUCCUGACUCCGGGAGAACAAUCAGUCAACGGCGGCACCGGAGCUUCCUCGCAGGCCAGCUCCCUCAAGAAUUCGUUCCCAUUCAAGAACGACCUCAAGGAAGUGACAACCCGCCUGAACAACCUCCACCACUCAUUCACAGCAAAGGCCACAGAGCUGCUCAGCGAAGGAAUCAAAGUUCUCUUUAGCCAAGUCGUUCGACCACGUCUGCGGCCUAUUCUCUCCGACACGUUCCGCGACGCCGACUACACCAUGACGGAGGAAGAGCUCCUCGACCUGUGCGCUGCGAACGACGAAAACGAGGACGACGUGCUCGAGCAGGUGACGCGCCGCUUCGAGGAGGGCUGGGACGCCCUCAUGAAGCCCAUUGCGCGCCUUAUGACGUCCAAGACUUUCAGUACCGUCCUGGACCACACGGCGCAGCACCUGGCGCGCUGGCUGGAGAAGCGCGUGUGGAGCUACGCGGGUUCUCAGACUAGGGGAGCGAGCCCGUAUGGCGCCAUUAGGAUGGAGAGAGACUUUAGUGGGAUUAUUGGCACCAUCAGCAAGGGCAACUAUGCGGUGCGCGAGGUGUUUGGGAGGACGUUGCAGAUAUUGAUGGUGGCGAAUAUGGAGGAUGAAGAGUGGGAGGAGCUGAUUGUUACAGAUGGGGCCGGGGGGGAGGAUGGGGAGGAUGGUAUGUUGUGGGUCCUUAGUGAAGAUGAAAGGAGGAAGGCGAGGACAAUUGUUAGGGUGGCAUAGGUUCUUGUGAUGUUCCAAAAGCAUUCCUUCCACAGCACAGCGCCUGUUCUUUUUUUUUUUUUUUUUU